UCCAUCAUGAAGAAAUGGAAGGAAUAUGGCACAUGUGUGAAUCUGCCUAGAUCAGGCCGUCCUCACAAACUGAGUGACCACGAAUGAAGAAGACUAGUAAGAGAGGCCACCAAGACACCUAUCACUACACAGAGGGAGUAAUAAGCUUCAGCAGCUGAGAUGGGAGAGACUCUUUAUAUAACAACUGUUGCCUGGGUCUUCACCAGUCAAAAUAUAGGAAAAUCCCGGAGGACGAUCUUAUUCAGUCUGCAAGAGAACUAUGGCUUGGGAAAAGAUGUAAUUUUCAGAAAGACAAUGACCCGAAGCAUACAGCAAAAGCUACACAGAAAUGAUUCAAAGACAAAAAUUUGCUCUGUUCACUCUUGAUCCCCAUACAAUUUGACAGAGCUUGAGCAGUUUUGCAAAGAAUGGAGUAAAAUUGCAGUGUCCAGAUGUGCAUGCUUGAUUGAGACCUAUCCACACAGACUCAGUGCUGUGAUUGCAACCAAAGGUGCAUCUACUGAAUAUGGAUUUGAAGGAAGUGAGUAUUUAUGCAGUCACUUAUUUUACCUUUGAUAUUUUCAUUUAAUUUGCAUUACUUUGUAGAAAUCUGUUUUACAUUUGAAAUCUAAGAGGUUUUUGGGAUGUGUCAUAAAAGCCAAAAUUUGUAUUGACCAACCAUGACUGAUUUAUAAAAUCAAUAAAAGGGUAAAACAUCCAAUGGGGUGAACUCUUUUUAAAGGCAUUGUAUUUUAUUAAAUACAGUACCAGCUUUUUAAAAAUCUUUUCAAAAGUUGGCUAUUGAGAAUCUUCACAAUUUUCUGCAUGCAUAGUGUCUCAAAUUAGCAUUGGACUAUCAAUAUGGCUGAAGAUGAAUAUUUCUUUAAAUCAAUCUAAUGCUCAGAUAAGCUUACCAAAAGGAGAGGGGAAAAAAUGAUUUUUAACUUUAACAUUAAACCUCCGAUGUCACUAGAUGCCAAAAAUGGGUGCAGAGAGGUUUUCAUAGGGGUGCCAAUCUGGUCUCGAAAAAGACUGACAUAUGACAGCGUUAAGUGAACAUACAUCUGUAUUUUACUCCCCUUUUUAUUGAUAACAAGUACAUUUCUGUAGUUGUUUUAGUUUCUAGACCUGUUCUUCUCAUUGCUUUAGAAGAACAAAACUAUUUUUCCCAUUGCAUCAGUGUCUAAAGGUAAAAAAAAAUGGUGUCAUUACAAAAAAAAAAAAAAAAAAAAGCUUUUGAAGUGUACUGCACUCAAAUGACCUUGGCACUGCUUUCCUUUUGUAUGUGCUGAGUUCUACCAAAAAACAGCUGCCUGUCUGCCAUGUGAGGAUGCUAAAUGGAAAGCCAGAUGACACUGACACAUGAUUAUACCUAUCUGACACUCUAGAUCUGGACUCCUGUUCAAAGGAGGGAAAUAUUCUGAGCUGCACUCAAUCAAAUACUGGCAAACUCAACUUCUUUAUCCAGACGGUUCGAUUUAAGGACACGGUGAUGUGUUACCGUGUUCGCUGGGAGGAGCUGCAACAGAAGCGCUUGGUGGAGCAUACCAUGGCUUAUAAUGACUCUCACUGGUAUGGAGGGGCAGAGACAGCAACACAGUACUGGCCUAUCAGGAUCCAGGGAGAGGAGGAACCACAGCCUUUUAUCACCAGCGAUGUCUACUCAAAUCGGAAAGCUUUUGGAGGAAUCUUGGAGCGCUACUGGUUGUCUUCUAAUGCCACAGCCAUCAAGAUCAAUGACACAGUUCCGUUUCAUUUGGGCUGGUCCGAGAAGGACAGGACACUUAGGUUCCAGGCCAGAUAUGAGAAUUCUCCUUUCAGACCACCAGAGGGUCAGCCAGCCUUUCCUGAACUCAGCUACAGAGUUUGUGUCGGGUCGGAUGUUACCUCUAUCCACAAAUACAUGGUGCGCCGGUAUUUCCCAAAGCCCAUCAAGGCCCCAUCUCAAGAAGUGUUCAGAAAACCUCUGUGGUCCACGUGGGCUCUCCACAAAACAGCUGUGACUCAGGAAAAGCUGCUGGGCUUUGCUUCUGACAUCACAAAACAUGGCUUUGCAUGUUCCCACCUGGAGUUGGACGAUCGCUACACUGCAGACUAUGGAGAGUUUGACUUUGACCCUCAGAAGUUCCCUAAUGCCAGCGGCAUGUUUGAAAAGCUCAGAGAAGAUGGCUUUCAAGUGUCGCUCUGGACACAUCCUUUCGUCAACUAUGACUCCAUAAAUUUUGGCGUUGCUGUGGAGAAAGGCUUGUUUGUGCGUGAACCGAGCGGUGAGCUGCCAGCUCUGGUUCGCUGGUGGAACGGCAUAGGAGGAAUCUUGGAUUUUACCAAUCCAGAAGCCCGUGAGUGGUAUUCUUCACAUCUUCAUAUGCUCAAAAGUCGCUACAAUGUGGCGUCCUUCAAGUUUGAUGCAGGAGAGACCAGCUACCUCCCUCGUCAGUUUAGCACCCUGGUACCACUGUCUGACCCCUCCACCUUCACCCGCCGCUACACAGAGAUGGCAAUACCGUUCAGUGAGCGUGCAGAGGUAAGGGUGGGCUACCAGAGUCAGGACAUCUCCUGCUUCAGCAGAAUCAUUGAUCGAGACUCUGUGUGGGGGUAUGAGCUUGGCCUCAAGUCUAUCAUCCCCACUGUUCUGACAAUCAGCAUUCUUGGCUACCAGUUUGUCCUACCUGAUAUGAUUGGAGGGAAUGCAUACCCAAACCGCACUGCAGGUGUCUUGGACGGCAAAAAUGGCCUUCCAGACAGAGAGCUGUACAUCAGAUGGUUGGAGCUGUCUGCCUUCAUGCCUGCCAUGCAGUUUUCUAUACCACCAUGGGCUUAUGAUGAGGAGGUGGUAGAGAUUGCACAGAAGUUCACAGAGCUCCACGAGUCUCUGGUGGCCCCAAGGGUGUUGGAACUGGCAAGUGAGGUUCUUGACACAGGAGACCCAAUCAUAAGGCCUCUCUGGUGGAUCGCCAAUGAAGACGAGGCGGCCUACAAGAUUGACUCCCAGUUCCUGAUUGGGGAUGACCUGAUGGUGGCCCCGGUGUUAGAGCCAGGGAAGCAGGAGAGGGAUAUCUACCUGCCUGCAGGACGAUGGAGAAGCUACAAGGGGGAACAUUUUGAUAAAGGCCCCAUAUACCUCACUGACUACCCUGUGGACCUGGAUGAGAUAGCUUAUUUCAUAUGGGUUCACUGAGAUAAUUAAGAGAUACAUAAACACAACCAUACUCCACAUGAACAUUCUUAUGAGCACACAUGCCAAGUAAGAGAGGGAAAUGUUUGCUUUUUUUUAAAAGGGAAAUGACCACUAAGGGAUCUGCUGCCCAAGCAGAAUGUGAUUUUAAAACAUUAACCUCAUGUCUCCUCUGACCUGCUGACCUUUAUGUGAACUUGUGCCUGCUGAUUUUAAACAGUCCGUCCAAAGAAUUAGAAAGAAAACCUGUUUUCACUUCUGAUUCUCUUGUUCCAUCCUUAAUCCUAAAAAUCCUCAUCCUCAUGUGCCUUCCACAGCCAAUAGUAAAACCGAUCUGAUUGUAUCAUCACCACAGUCUUCCACUGAGUCAGUAAGUUGUUUUUUCUUCCCACAGCUACUGUAAAUUUAGUUUUAGGGUGAAUGCUAUUUUAUCCUGCCUUGUGUUAAUUUUAAUGCAGGGGAGAUAAAAUAGCUGUGUGAUAAGACAAAUUAUAUGUCUCUUUAUUGAUGCUUGAUGGCGUUGGGCAAUGAAUCGGCAAUAAAUAAUAACUCAGAGUGCUUGUCUAACCUUAUCUAACUGCAGCAAGUGCUGCGUUAGGGAACUCCUUAAGUUCAUUACUAACUAUGUAGAACUUACAAUGCAUUAACUUGUUUGCACAGAUAACUUGUCAUUUUUCUUUGUUUGUUGUGUAUUUAUUAACUUCUUAGGGAAUUUUCUAGUGAAUGUGCCAUUAAUUCAACACUGGUUUUAAAUAAUGACUGCUUUUCAUGGUCACAGCCUUUUAAUUUGAACAUUCCUUAACCUGUAGUGCCAUUUUGUCAUUCUUAGUGCCAAAAUCUAUCUACUGCUGUAUGCUGUUACCCAUCUGCACAAUUUAAACUCACAGCUCAGGGUAGAUUUUAAAGAAUACAUUUGUCCUGCUGUAUGUUAGUCAAUAGAGUUCUCCAAGAUUUGUGUAUUUAAAAGUGCCAUCCAUUCUGCCUUGUGACUUUCUUUGCCUUAUCAGCUGAACUAGCACACAGAGUAAUAACUGUAUAUACACACAGUGAUAUGCCUGAUGCUUUGCACCUUUACAAUGAGAGUAAUCAGUAAUGUUUCAGUAAUGUUUAGAAGUUAAUGGGUACUUUUAUUCUAAAUAUGAGAUUCCUGUCAGCUAUCUGGAUUUGGUCAUCUGCUCCUUCACAAUGUUUGCUGGCAUGAGUAAAGCACAUUACAAGUUAAAUCGUUUGAAUGCCUUGCCUGAGAAUAAUCCUACUAUAUAAGCUAGAAUCAAUCCUGUUUUUUGAAAUGUAUAAUUUAGUAUGCACAAAGUUCUUAUGGGAUAACAGCAUCUGUCAAAUUGGACUACUGUUUUUUUGUUUGAAGAAAAUGAAGUAUUCUUGC